GCUUUGGACGGAUUGGCUGCUUCUGCUGCUUGUCGAGGGAUUGCAUCAUACUGCCUGAGAGAGAGGAAAGAUCCGAGUGAUUUCGCAACAAUCUAUUGUGCGGUUCGGAUAAUCCACAGCCCGAGUGGCCGGAGGAGGAGUAAUUUACGGAUCCCUAGUGGGGACAGGGGAAGCAAGUCGUGGGGGAGGGAUAGGCUUCCCUCCCCGGGCAGGAGAACCUCGAAGCCGUCAGGUAUUUUACUGGACAUUAAACUGCAGAGAGAGACCUCACAUCUAUCCAUUUGUCUUUAAGAACAAGUUAGACCAAAUGAACCAGUCCCCUUCCUCUGCGUCUGAGGGCCUGAGCGAUGCCCUGCCAGGGAGCCCAGCAACACCACAGCUUGUGCCACUAAACCCUGGAGGUGGAGGCAAAGCCACCCCUCCAAGCAAAAACAGCAAAAAGAGUCAACGUUUGGAACGAGGGAGCGAAGAGUACCGUCAGCGUCGGGAGCGUAACAACAUGGCUGUCAAAAAGAGCCGUUUAAAAAGCAAGCAGAAGGCUCAAGACACAAUGCAAAGGGUCAACCAGUUGAAAGAAGAGAAUGAAAGACUGGAGGCCAAAAUCAAGCUUCUUACAAAGGAGCUGAGUGUGUUGAAAGACCUGUUCUUAGAGCAUGCACACAACCUGUCAGACAAUGUGCAGCCAGAAUCCAGCACACCUGGGCAGGAGUCAGCCGGAUAAUAACCAAUUUAAAUACUGAAGAGAAUACCUUUUUUAAGGGGUGGGGUAUGCCCUGAAAUUGUGCAUUGUCUUUUGAUUACUGGCGACAUGCAUCAGCAGGGGCUGUAGUAGCCGGUUGUUCUUUCAGUCUGGGAUCCAAUAAUUUAUGCAGGAGUGUUUUGGUUUAGAUGUUUGUCUGUGGCUGUUCUGGUGCAACUCAUUUGCUUUGGAAAGUUAUUAUAGAAAGGAAACUUAAGGGGCAGUAUUUACCUUUGUCCAGCACAAGCCAGAUAAAUAGUUCACAUAUAGCUCUCGUGGACUGUUGAUUGUUUAUAUUAAAGGGACAGUAACACCAUGAAAGUGUUGUAAAUGUA